CCCAUUCCAAUCUCCUUUAACGGCCGUCCCUGCGAGCCCCGUUAAGCUCCGAAAAGACCCCUACAUCCUCGGAAUUCACGGCAUAAUACGUGCCAUCAAGUCCAACGUCGCGGGCCGUCUCCCUCUCUCAUUCAUAGACCUCUUCAAUGACCUCGGCCACACCUUCGGCGUGAAGCGUUUUGGCGUCCGCUCUAUUAUGACCCGCGACCACCGCAACAUCCAAGCAAUGCUAGCCACACAAUUCGACGAUUUCGGCCUCGCCCACGAGCGCCGCGCGCACCAGGCCAUUCUCGGCACCCGUGGAAUCUUCACGCAAGACGGCCCCGAGUGGAAAGAGUCCCGCGCGCUCCUCCGGCCCUCCUUCGACCGGGCGAGUGUCGCAGACCUCAGCGCCCUCGAAACCUUCGUCACCCGGAUGAUUGCAAAGAUCAAGGCCUCGCCCGGCAGUGAUGGCUACCAUGAGGUUGAUCUUCAGGCCCUGCUUCUCGAACUGACAAUGGACGCUUCUACCGACUUCCUUUUCGGCUCCCCCAUCGGCGCGCAGGAAGGCACGGUCUCCACCGAGGGCGAAAUGUCCUUCUCGGAAGCCUUCGACGUAUCCCAAGACGUCGUUUCGAUCCGCUUCACACUGAAUGACCUCUACUGGCUCGUGAACCCCAAACGCUUCCGCAUCGCCAUCACCGUCGUCCACAAGCUCGUCGGACACUACGUCGCCCGCGCCCUCCAAAAGCACAGCUCCAACAGCAGCGCAGAAAAGCCAUACACCAAAGACACCUCCACCUCCGGCAAAUACAUCUUCCUCGAAGCCCUCUCCCAAAAGACGCAAAACCCCCAAGUCCUCCAAGACCAGAUCCUCAGCGUCAUGAUGGCCGGCCGAGACACCACCGCCUCAACUCUCACAUGGGCCUUCCACGUCCUCUCCCGGCACCCGGAAGUGCUACAGAAGCUGCGCAAAGAGAUACUAGACACCAUCGGCCUACAACCUCCCACACAGCCUGAUCUCCGCGACAUGGUCUACCUGCGCCACUUCCUGCACGAGGUGCUCCGCAUGUAUCCCCCCGUCGGAAUCAACUCCCGCAGCGCGCUACGCACCACCACCCUCCCAUACGGCGGCGGUGCCGACGGGAACGCGCCCAUUGUGGUGCAGAAGGGCGAGAGGGUCAUGUACUCUGUCUUUACGGUGCACCGGCGGGAAGACGUAUAUGGCCCCGAUGCUGGGACGUUCCGGCCCGAGAGAUGGGGGGAGGAGGCGAUGAGGAAGGUCGGGUGGGCAUGGCUUCCGUUUAACGGGGGGCCGAGGGUGUGUCUGGGGCAGCAGAUGGCGCUGACGAUGGCGGGGUAUGUGGUUGUGAGAUUGCUGCAGGCGUUUGGGGAGGUGGGGGAUAAUGGGGUGCCUGGGGGGGAGGUCAGGUAUGCGGUUAAGAUUAUUAUGGUGCCCGGGCAGGGGUUGAAGGUGAAGAUGAGGUAG